CUCCUUCACUCCCCUCUGAUCUAUAUAUCUUCCCCCUCCCCUUUCUUCUCUCCUCACACGAAAAUCUCAAGGAAAGCCAGCUUCCUUUAGCAGAUGCAGCAUAGAAAGCUUUUGUGUUUUCAGUUAUGAAAUUGAUUGUGUCUUUGGAGUUUGUAGCUUGAAGGGUGAACGAAAGGGUGUUUCUGGGUUUUUGUGGGGUAAUACCCGGGUUAGACGCGUUGUAGGAAUCACGGCUAUAUACAAAGUUUCUCGGCCUCUCAUUCAUGUCCGGGCAGUACGACGCAAGGGUUGUGUGAUCGAGAGCAACCCUUCGCCGCACGGCGGGCGUGGAGCCUUGCCUUCUGAAGGGGGCAGCCCUUCCGAUCUCCUCUUUCUCGCUGGUGGUGGUUUCGUUUCCUUCUCAGUUUGCUUUUAGAUUAGUAGUUUCUAGAUAUAAGCUUUAUUAAGAAUUUCUGUUUUAGAAGUUUAGAUCUGUGUUUCUAAGUGAAGGAAGAAAAUUUGUUAGAACAAAAAAAGUUAAAAGCUUGAAGUUGUUUCUGCUAGUUGGGGUCUCGGUGUGUUGUUUGAAUUGUUGGGUUAAAGAAGAGGAGUAAUAACAUGAUGCUUAAAAUCAAAAGGGUGCCCACUGUUGUUUCGAAUUACCAGAAAGAGGAGGCGGAAGGGAGCACUCGCCGCAAUGGUGGAUGCGGCAAGAAUUGCCUCAGGGAGUGUUGCAUUCAAGGAGCAAAACUUCCUUUAUAUGCCUUCAAGAAGGUGAACAAUAUUGGAAAUGCAAGGAAUAUGCUUGAGAAUGAGAACAGGGAAUCUCCAGUUGCUUUUCUUGACUCGCUCCUUCUUGGGGAGUGGGAGGAUCGCAUGCUCAGAGGACUCUUUCGUUAUGAUGUCACUGCCUGUGAGACCAAGGUGAUUCCUGGUGAAUACGGCUUUAUUGCCCAGCUGAAUGAGGGACGUCACCUUAAAAAGAGGCCAACUGAGUUUCGUGUUGAUAAGGUCCUCCAGCCCUUUGAUGGGAACAAAUUCAACUUUACUAAAGUUGGACAGGAAGAGGUCCUUUUCCAGUUUGAAGCAAGCGAAGAUGGUGAAGUUCAGUUCUUCCCAAAUGCUCCAGUUGAUGCUGAGAAUUCUCCAAGUGUUGUUGCCAUUAAUGUCAGUCCUAUUGAAUAUGGACAUGUUCUGCUGAUCCCCCGAAUUCUGGAGUGCUUGCCCCAGAGGAUUGACCGUGAGAGCUUAUUGCUCGCUCUCUACAUGGCAGCUGAGGCUGGGAGUCCAUACUUCAGAUUGGGUUACAAUAGCUUGGGUGCAUUUGCCACCAUUAACCACCUGCACUUCCAGGCCUACUUCUUGGCAGUGCCCUUCCCUAUUGAGAAAGCCCCCACCAAGAAGAUAACUGCUUUGAAAGAUGGGGUGACCAUCUCUGAGCUUUUGAACUAUCCAGUCAGGGGUCUUGUCUUUGAGGGUGGAAAUACCAUACAAGACCUUGCCAACACUGUCUCUGAUGCUUGCAUCUGUCUUCAAGAGAACAACAUACCGUACAAUGUUCUCAUCUCUGAUUGUGGAAAGCGGAUCUUUCUUUUACCACAGUGUUAUGCUGAGAAACAAGCCCUUGGGGAAGUGAGUCCUGAGCUGCUGGACACUCAAGUGAAUCCCGCUGUGUGGGAAAUUAGUGGUCAUAUUGUGUUGAAAAGGAAGAAGGACUAUGAAGAGGCAUCUGAGGAAAAUGCUUGGAGGCUUCUUGCUGAGGUGUCUCUCUCUGAUGAGAGGUUUCAGGAAGUGAAUGCACUCAUAUAUGAAGCCAUCUCCUUUGGUAACAAUGGCAAUAUUGUUCAACAGCUGCCCGAGGAGCCUGAUGUUGACGCUCAAUCUCUUGCCGUAGAUGAUGCCAUCAAGAAAAGCUCUCACCGCCGAGUGGUGGCUGGGACACCUGAAUGCUUUGUUCUGCAGUAAGAAUGAGCAUUUGAUGGAUCAAAUUCCAGCGUUUCUGGUUGUUUGUCUAUAAUUAAAGUAUGGAAUUUGGGAUUGUAGAAGAACUUAUCAUGUCAUGCCCGUGCCUAAAUAAGCAAACAGAGUUUGCAAUGCUGGAAUGCCAUUAGUGUUUUGAGUACUCUAGUAGUAUGCUUGUUGGCAUUGUGAUGCUUUAUCUGUGUGGUCAAUGAGAUUAUAUGUAAAUUACCAUGAAUUGGUGGCUGUUAGUAGCUUAUCUGAAUGCAUGUUUAAUUAU